AUGCAGAACCAGAAGAUCACACAUCCAGUGAGACAUAUGUGUUUGGUAGCAACUAAGGAGUCACAGACAAUAAAUGAGGCACUUAGCUCACCAAAAUGGCUUGCAUUUAUGCAAGAGGAAAUAAAUUCACUUCACCAAAAUAAGGCCUGGACACUAGUGCCCAAGGCACCUGGUAUGAACAUAGUUGGCUCUAGGUGGGUACUCAAAACCAAGUUAAAGGCUAAUGGAUCCAUCGACGGGUACAAGGCAAGACUAGUUGCCAAAGAGUAUUCACCGCUUGAAGGAGUAGACUUUGAAGAAACCUCCAGUCCAGUUGUUAAAAGUAAGUAUGCUGCAGAAUUACUUGCCAAGACUAGCAAGGCACUUGCUAAACCAAUAUGCACACCUCUAUCACAUAAGUAUGGUCUACAAGAAGUUGUGGAUGAUCCAAUGGAUGCUUUACUAUACAGGAGUAUUGUUGGCAGUCUGUGGUACUUAACUCUCAUAAGGCCAUACAUAGCGCAUGUAGUGAAUUUGGAAACUCAAUUCAUGCAAAGUCCAAACAACACUUAUUACCAAGCUGUAAAAAGGAACCUUAGAUCUGUGAAGGGCACAAUUGAGUUUGGUCUAAUGAUCUUCUCUUAG